AUGUUGUUCUUUAAGCUCUUCCUAGCGGCUCUGGCGCCUAUCAGCCUCGUCGCUGAAAGCGCACCGCAAGCAGCAUCAACAGCAGACUUGGACCUUGAUGCACUUCUUGCAAAGCACAACCUAGCUUUAGUACCUCGGUCGGAUCUGACAGACGCCCUGACAGAACUUAAUGGUUUGCUUAGAAGAAACCAGGUUCAACAACAGAAAGUUGCACUAUAUCCGCGACAGAAGAGCAACAGUACCGGUUCCGGCUCUGGUUCGAACUCUGGGUCUGGUUCCGGGUCAAGCGGCGGUCUUGAUCUUGGAGACCUUGGAGGACUCGGAGAUUUGGGCCAGAUUCUUGAAAGUCUGACGAAGCUCAUUACACAGUUGGGUGAUCUCGGAGGUUAUCUUUCGGCUAUCCAGCAACUAUUAAGCGAUGAGUUCUUGCAAGCUUUACACGAUGCUAUGGUGUACCUUGCACAAACACUCCGUCCGCCCAUUCCAAAUAUCGCUAGGAGUAUCCUCACCAAGACUGAACCGCUAAUCGACCUGCUCGGUUCCCUGGAUUUAGAGGGUAUCAUAGACGAGAUUAAGGGCAUCGACUUGAAGGGUAUACUUAGUGCGCUACAACCUCUUCUAGCCCCUGAAUCGAUCAAGGGCCUCGUUGGUCUGUUGAGUAAUACAGAAAAACUUUUGACAUCGGAGACCGUCGAGGCUCUAAAGUCAAUACUAUCAAGCGUGCAGCCACUGAUUGACCAUCUCUCGAAGAUUGACCUCGAGGGUAUACUCGAUGCCUUAUCGCCCCUUCUCACGUCAGAUUCGGUUAAGGGUAUAGUGAGCUUGUUACACAAUGCUGGAGAUCUUUUAACGUCAGAUACUGUUGAUGCGCUCAAGUCGCUACUUUCCAGUGCUCAACCACUUCUUGAUAGCCUCAAGAAUAUUGAUCUUCAAGGAUUACUCGAUGCGAUAGCCCCACUUCUAACAGCAGACUCAGUCAAGGGUAUCGUCGGUCUACUUGGCAAUGCAGAAUCUCUCCUUACCAAAGAUUUUGUUGACCAGACCAAGUCUCUGAUUUCUGGGGCCGGACCGCUCCUUGACAGCCUGAAGCAAAUCGAUCUCCAAAGCUUGAUAGAUCAAAUCUCUCCAAUCCUUAACGAACUUGGUCAGCUUGACUUGAAGGGCUUGUUCGAAGCUAUCAGCCCGCUGUUGACAUCAGACUCCAUCAAGGGUAUCAUAGGGUUGCUUGGAAAUGCCGAGAAUCUGCUGACUGGCGAAUUCGUCGACCAGACCAAAUCUCUGAUCGCAGGAGCAGGGCCUUUACUUUCGAGCCUGGGCGAUAUCGACCUGAAAGGUCUGCUCAGUCAAAUUUCGCCCUUACUCGAUAGCCUGAGCAAGAUUGAUCUCCAAAGUCUACUUUCGGCCGUAGAGCCCUUAUUGACGCCUGACUCGGUGAAGGGUAUCGUUGGGUUAUUAGGCAAUGCCGAGGACCUGUUGACGACACAAUUCGUUGAUCAGACGAAGACGUUGAUAUCUGGUGCCGUGCCAUUAAUAUCCGCCGUCGGCAAACUCGACUUAGAGGAUCUUAUUGAGCAAGUGAAACCACUACUAGACUCUCUAAGUAAGAUUGACUUGGGUAGCUUGGUCGAAAAGAUUCAACCUAUUCUUGACGCUGUAGGCCAGAUUGAUAUCGCGGGAUUAGUCAAACAAAUCACACCAAUUCUGAAUUCCCUUGGGCAGAUUGACCUAUCCGGCCUCAUAGACAAGAUACAGCCGAUACUUGAUGCUGUGGGUCAAAUCGACUUCGCAGGUCUGAUUAAACAGAUCACCCCGAUCCUGAAUUCCUUAGGCCAGAUUGAUCUAGCUGGUCUUAUCGAAAAGAUACAACCCAUCUUGGAUUCUUUAGGUCAAAUUGAUUUCGCAGGGUUAAUCAAACAAGUAGCCCCUAUUAUAACCGCAUUAGGCGACAUUGAUAUAAAGGGCAUCUUCGACGCUGUCUCCCCUCUACUUACACCGUCCUCUGUCGACGGUCUUGUAGGUCUUGUCGAUAAUGCCGAGUCACUCCUAACGAAGGAAUUCGUUAACGAAACUCAUACCAUCAUUGACGGUGCAGCGCCGUUGGUUGGGGCUCUAGGAAAAAUUGAUAUCGGAGGUCUCUUAGACCAAGUCAAGCCACUUCUUAGCUCAUUAGGUCAAAUCGACCUGGCUGGUCUCAUUAAGGCUGUCAAGCCUCUCCUCGGAACUCUGAGCCAGAUCGAUAUCCAAGGGAUUGUCGAGCAAGUCACGCCGUUAAUUACGCCAGCCUCUGUGAAGGGAAUAAUAACUCUACUCGGGAAUGCGGAGAGUUUAUUGUCCGCUGCAUUUGUCUCACAAACGACCGAGUUGAUAGGCGAUGCUACACCCAUCGUAGCGACGUUAUCAGAUUUCGUCAACGCCAUUCUUCAGGCAUUGCUUGGGAAUUCAUGA